AGACUCACGUCUGGGCUGCGCGGUCACCUGGCAGGAACUGGAAUCUGGGGUUAUAAAGGAAAGAAAGGCGGAACCUACGCCUUCUUUUCUUUACCUUUUCCUUCCACUGUCUUCAAUCUUAAACUCAAGCUAGUUGCCCACUGGCCUAGCAUCGCUUUCGCCAUGGCCCUCAGCGAUGCUGACGUGCAAAAGCAGAUUAAGCAUAUGAUGGCUUUUAUUGAACAAGAAGCCAAUGAAAAAGCAGAAGAAAUAGACGCAAAAGCAGAAGAAGAGUUCAACAUUGAGAAAGGUCGUCUUGUGCAAACUCAAAGACUGAAAAUUAUGGAAUACUAUGAGAAGAAAGAAAAGCAGAUAGAGCAGCAGAAGAAAAUUAAGAUGUCCAAUUUGAUGAAUCAAGCCAGGCUUAAAGUCCUCAGAGCGAGAGAUGACCUUAUUACAGACCUACUAAAUGAAGCAAAACAGAGACUCGGCAAGGUGGUAAAAGAUACAACCAGGUACCAAGUGCUGCUGGAUGGACUGGUCCUCCAGGGUUUGUACCAGUUGUUGGAGCCCCGGAUGAUUGUUCGUUGCCGGAAACAGGAUUUCCCUCUGGUUAAGGCUGCAGUGCAAAAAGCAAUCCCUAUGUACAAAAUUGCCAUCAAAAAAGAUGUUGAUGUCCAAAUUGAUCAGGAGGCCUACCUGCCUGAGGAAAUAGCUGGUGGAGUUGAGAUCUAUAAUGGAGAUCGUAAAAUAAAGGUUUCCAAUACCCUGGAAAGCCGGCUGGAUCUCAUAGCCCAGCAGAUGAUGCCAGAAGUACGGGGAGCCUUGUUUGGUGCAAACGCCAACAGGAAGUUUUUGGACUAAGCCUGUGGGAGGUGGAGUUCACGUACUGCUAUGAUGUGGAAGUUUCUGAUAUUUGAAGAAACAAGAUUAUCUGUGUAGCUUCCUUUUUGCUCUUCUAAUAUUCUGUAUUUAUCAGUGGAUGUCCUUCUGUAGCUAAUGCACUUAAUAUAAUUGUUAACAAUGAGAGAAAGUUUCGCUUAAAGUCAGGAAACCUACAUUUAGCUUAAGGAACACAGUUUUCUGUUGGUUCUGCAGCAUGAUAAGGAAAUCAGGUGGCAGUUGCAUGGACUUCACCCGGUCUUCUGCUCUCCCUCUGGUUCUAGUUAUCUGUUCUAGAGGGUCAUGUGUAUGGUAUUCUCUGCCAUUAUGUCUCUGCUCUUUAGGCUUAAAAUGCAUGUGGGGCAUGCAUUCUUUCUAGCUGUAGUAGCUUCAGUGUUUCCUGUCUGGGCCUAGAGGUGUUCCUUAUCUGUAAAUGUGGUUUAAAAUUUAAGCCAUGAUGCUCUAUUUAUUAAAACAAGGUUUACGUGAAAUCCA